UAACCUAAGAUUAUAAUGUUUUAGAAAAAUAGUAAAGUGUUUCCGAACAAUGGAUCUAAAUAAUGUUUACUUAUAAUUUAUUAUUUGAAGGUUCUUUCUAUGUUUGGUCAUACGAGCGGGAUCAAAGUGAUUGAAAUAUUUUGACGAAUGCAAAGCAUCAAGAUUCAAAACAAUUAUGAAUAACAACAGAACUGGAAAUACCCGCGGGCGCGGGAGACCAAAGAAACGACAGUUUCAACAGAAAAAGAUGGAUGCAGAUACUUCUGCGAUGGAGGUGUCAGACAGGGUGUUCCAAUUCAGCAGUGACAUUGACCUUGGGGGCCUGGUGGACUCUGUCAUUGCUGACCUGUGUGGCAGUGAAACAGUUGAUGAUGAGGAGUUAAUUGGGGCCAAAAAACAUUUGAAGAAUCAGAUCAAGCUGGCUGAGAGGAAGCAGCGAGACAUUAAUCGUAUAUUUUCCGACUGUAUGGAACAACUGGUGCAGUUUAAGAACACACUUGAAGAUGAAGUCAGAAAAGAAGAAGACAAGGAGGUGGAGCUCAAAGCAGCAGUGGAGGCAGCUGCCAAUGGGCCUGCAGAGAUCACCAUUGUGGAUUCAGACGAAGAUGUUGUCACAGAUAAUUACAAGGUUGACGAUGAUGAUGAUGUACAGUUUAUUCAGAAGACAUUUGAUCCAACUGUUGCUCAGAAGAGGCAGGCAGCUGUCAUGGAUAGCAGCAACUCUGGUGUAUCCACAACGCAGUCACAAACUCGAGCUAAUCUGGCAGCUGCUCUCUCAAGUGCUUCUAAUUCAGUAAGGAUUCCAAGUCGUGGUUCUCAGCCUGCCACUCAGACGGCUCUGAAUGCUCUUCAGCAGAAGAAGCCAGCCAUGUCGUACAUGCAGAGCUCCCAGUCCAAUCAGGAGCACAUGGAAAAACUCUUCCUGUUCGAUGUCAAUGCAAUCAAAGUGGGAGACAUCAUUCUGGGUCGUCGCUAUGGUGAUGUCUGGCAGAAGGCUGAGCUGCUGGCAAUCAUCCAAGAUACAGUUAUGCUCAGCCAGCACAAGUACAAAGUAAGAUUCUUGAACAAGAAAAUGAUCAAAGUAUUGACAUCACGUCAAGUGGCAUUUAAAGACUUUAUCAACAAACCUGUUCUGGUUGGGACUAGAAUAACAGCUGUGUACAAAGAUGAGCAAUCAGAUGAUAUCUUCUAUGCUGGAAUCAUUGCUGAGGCCCCAAAUGGCAGAAACGAUCUCAGGUAUCUGGUGUUCUUUGAUGAUGGAUACGCCCAGUACUGCUCAGCGAAGGAUAUCCACAAAGUCUUUUAUCAAAGUCGGGAUGUUUGGGAAGACAUUCACCCAGACUCUCAAGACUUUGUGAAGGACUACCUUGCACAAUAUCCAGAGCGACCAAUGGUGCGUCUUCACAAGGGCCAGACAGUGAAGACAGAGUGGAAGGGCAAGUGGUGGGUGGCCAAGGUGGAGGAGGUGGAUGCGAGCCUUGUGCUCAUGUACUUCCCAGCUGACAAGCGGGGCGAGUGGAUCUACCGAGGAUCCACCAGGCUUGAACCUCUGUAUUCAGCACUGGCAAAUGCAGAGGCCAAUCGUAAUGCUGGCAAGAUGAAACGUCAUAACUUGAAUCUUGCGGGGGCAAAGAAGCCAGUCGUAGAGUAUACCAGGAACAACAGCACUGAAAAUUCCCCGGCAAAAAUAGAGAAGCGUAAGGCAGUUGCCAAGAAGAGCACAACACCACAGUCAUCUACUCACACUGGGCAGAUGUUGGAGCCUCCUUGGAUGAGGCAGAAACUUGAGGACAAGAAGCCAUCCUUGAAGAUACAGUCACCUGAUAAGUUUGCCACUUCAACAAUCAGUGGUUCUGCUGGAGGGAAGGGGAAGGACAUGGCUACUGUUCUACAGGACAGGUUGGGUUCAACAGAAGACUCAAGUGCUGUUGAUUUGGAGUCACUUGGGACCAGACUUGACCAUAUCAUUCCAUCAGCUGACAAAACAAGAAAGAAAAUGGUGAAACACCGCUGUGACAGGAAAUGUUUGGGGGACAUGGCUGACAUCCCAGAGAAGUUCAAGGGAAACAACCCACUUCUUAUACCACUCUUCUUUGGAUGGGAAAGGCAUGUGGCCAAAACUAAGCCGUACGGUAGACGUGUGGUGUUCUAUCGCGCCCCUUGCGGCCGACGCCUCCGUAACCUCUUGGAACUGGACGGCUACUUGGAAGCAACGGACAGCCAACUGGCCAUUGACCACUUCUGCUGUGACCCUGAGCUCCAUGUCCAUUAUGAAUUCAUCCCUGUUAAGACUUUCUGUGACAUCAAGGAUAUCUCCUACGGCAAGGAGAAUGUGGUGAUCUCAUGUGUGAACGGAGUUGACCGCCACUACCCUGACUACGUGGACUACUCCAACCAGAGGAUCCCUGCCACAGGGGUGAAGCUCAACCUGGACCCAAAUUUCCUCGUUUGCUGCAACUGUGAAGACAAUUGCAGGGAUCGUUCUAAGUGCGCCUGUCAGCAGCUGACUGUAGAAUCGUCUGCUGUGACAAAUGGUGGGAAACCAAUCCCAGAUUCAGGGUACCGGCACAGGCGGCUGGAGGAACCACUGUCAUCUGGGGUAUAUGAGUGCAAUUCACGAUGCAAGUGUGAUAAACGCUGUGGGAACAGAGUUGCACAGAAUGGGCUUCAAAACAGACUUCAAGUGUUCAAAACUGAGAAAAGAGGAUGGGGAUUACGUUGCCUGGAUGACAUUCCCCACGGAGGGUUCAUAUGCAUAUAUGCUGGGCAGUUGCUGACGGACCAGGGGGCAAAUGAAGACGGGCAGCAAUAUGGAGACGAAUACCUCGCAGAGUUAGACUACAUUGAGGUGGCUGAGCGACAGAAGGAGGGCUAUGAAAGCGACGUGGAGAACAUUGAAGAUAUUGCGGACCAUGAAGCAGACUUUGACUCGGAAGGCUCGGCCCAUAAGUCCGACUCAGACGAAUCAUUCAAAGCUGUGUCAUUUCAAAAUAAGAAAUCAAAUGAAGCACUUCCAGAAAAGCGUCACCUGACAAGGUUGGCAGAGAAGUCUGUUAAGAAGAAGCAGACAGCUCAGAAGAGUAGUUCCUCCUCUCCAGCCUCUGCAAUACGCUCCCCGGACCUUCCUGAUCUCCAUGACACAGGUCCCACUGACCUUGAGAAGAAAAAGCGUGUUGGUCGCUCAACAGCUGCACGUUAUGGGUCUCUGAAUCCUUCGAAAAAGGACCACAAGGAAGUUUCAGAUGAGAAGGAUGAGGAUGACAGCUUCCACGGCCCAUCUGUAAGAGACUUCUUCAAGGAUGGCCAGUCCUGUUAUAUCAUGGACGCCAAGUCCAUGGGCAACAUUGGCAGAUAUCUCAAUCAUAGUUGCUUGCCAAAUGCCUUUGUCCAGAAUGUGUUCGUAGAUACCCAUGACCUUCGAUUCCCUUGGAUCGCAUUCUUUGCCGGGCAAUACAUAAGUGCUGGCUCGGAACUAACGUGGGACUACAACUAUGAAGUGGGCAGCGUUCCUGGGAAAGUGCUCUACUGUUAUUGUGGCUCAGCAGACUGCAGGGGGCGAUUGCUCUAGAAGAGACAGCCUUGGGACAGCUCCAGUCGGAAUGUGGGAAAAGAGAAGUCCUAUGUCAAGCUCAGAUUUAUUUGUUUUACAAUAAAAGAUUUAGAGGCAGCUCUGACAUGAUUGUUGUAGAAGAAAAUGUUAGGAUCAGAUCUUGGUUGAUUUGGUUUGGGAAGGUACGCUCUUGCAAAAAUGUCUCAUUUGAUUGCACAAGAUAAUAUGUCAUGGGACAGAUGUGUUUAUUUGUCCUAGGAGAGAAAAUCUUUCUGAAAGCUUUUAUACCAAUGAUAGUCUUGGGACAAGCUCUGAUUGUAUUGUUGAGGAGAGGCAGUCUCAUAGUUAGCUCUAAUUUACAAUUACGAACCUGUGUUGUGGGGCUGAAAUAUGUCGAUGUAAAAUGCCUCCCUUUGAAGAAGUGGAUGUGUAUAAGUUUGGCUCGAUUGGUCAUUGUCGGCUCGGAUACUUCUAACAUGUACCCCGGGUACUCUUAAGUAUACUUACAUGUACCCCGGGUACGGUAAAUAUACUUAAUCGUACCCGGUCGAUAUUAGACUGUACCCGAGUUGUAUUCCCGCCUAAAAUCCGAUGUCGUAAAACGCGCUACCGAUUAUCUUAAACAAACUUCUGUUUAAAAAAAACUGCGUCAACAUGCUUUGUGAGUAUGAGUUUCGAUAAUAUAGAGGCCAUUUUACAGAAAAUUGACAUACAUGUGUAUAUAAUUAAUUAAAAAAAAUAGCCGACAACGACCGAUUUAGCGUUAAAUUUCCCGGGUACGUUUUAGUAUAUUUACCGUACCCGGGGUUCAUGUAAGUAUACUUAAGAGUACCCGGGGUACAUGUAAGUAGUACCCGAGCCGACAAUGACCAAUCGAGCAUAAGUUUGCACCUGUCUCAAAAAUGCAAAAGAAAAUAUGUAUAGGAAUGAUCUCCAGGUACUGAUUUUCUUAUCAUGGGAUCAUAAGUUGUUGAUGACUGUAAUGAAAAUAGGGGGGGGGAUGCAUGCUGUACAACGAGAUUGUUACUUUAAGAAAACCCAUUAAGUCAUUCAAUAAAUAUAAGUAAUGAUCCAUGUAUAUCGCUUUUGUUUCUUAUCAUUGAACUAAAACUGGUUGAUUUAAUUGUGUAAUCCUGUACACAUGUCCAUGAACCCAGUAAUAUAAUUGACUUAAGAAUAAAAAAUAAUCUUAAACUGCAAUAUUCUUUACAAUUUUGAACUCGUAAAAUAAAACUAUUGGUUUCGAUUGAACAAUAUGUUAAUGGCUAGAGAUUAAUUUGUUACCUGUAUAUCUACAUUAAUCGCUGUUUUCAUGAACAUAAGAACAUGAUUCAUUCUUCCGAGUAAGAUUGGUAGGUGACUACAGGCCCUGCUGAUCAUUUGGAACGUGAAAUAUUCCUUUGUGAUUGUUGGCAUUGGUAUCAUGGCAGAUAGUCAGUCAUGUGUUCAGAUUUGUAGAUUACAUAAAUUGUGUUUUUUUUAAAUAUCAGAACGUUGAAAAUAAUGUUCACUCGUUUUUAAUGUUGUUUACUUACGAAAUACAGCUCACGAUGCCACGUUUAAGAUUUGCUUUAUUUGUAACACACAUUUCUUGAAAUAUUGAAAUAUAAGAAACAAUUUA